AUGUUCCACACACCCAUCCCGGCGUUACUUCUAGUGUGCACCCCGGACAUACUUCCAGUAGUGUCACUUACCAGCAAGCACGGCCAUUCAGCCAAAAUUUACAGCCCACAAGCCGGUCCCAAGCGCACGCUGAAGGCUAUAGACAUCACCAACAAACAGCUGGGCACCAUACCUGCCCUGUGGGUGCAAGUGGCCGAACCCAGAGUGCCAGUACCGUCUCUACGAAAGUCCGUCUCAUCCUCCACAAGUUUGCGGGCUGCCGAGCUGAUACCUUUGCUCCGAAAGAAAAUUGCUAUGCUCCCUGGCGGUAGAACUCGCACUGGUGGACCCAUACUUUGCUUUCCCGCCAACACCCAUGCAGAUGAAUUGCCACUUGAAGAUCUUUACCUACUUGUGCGCUAUCUUACCUAUCUUCCAGAUGAUAAUGUCAAGAAAUUGGGUUUUACUGUGAUUAUUGAUAUGCGGAGUGGUACUACCUGGCAUAGCGUAAAGCCGAUACUGCGGGUAAUCGAGGAGUGCAUCGGAGGAAACGUAGCUAUGGCGUACAUCAUAAAACCAGACAAAUUCUUCGAAAAGCAGAAGGCGCAGAUGGCACUUGGAAAAUACAGUUUCGAAACCCAAUUAGUUUCCGUCGAAUCGCUCUUCAAUGAAGUUGAUCCCAGCCAGCUAACCGCUGACCUUGAGGGGAGCCUCCCCUACAGUCACAGCGAGUGGAUCCAAAUUCGUUGUUGCCUGGAGGACUUUUUUAUGUUCGCACACGAUAUGUCCGACAAGUUUGGCCAGCUUUACUGCUUCCUGGACCGUAAGCAGAACCCCGAGACUGUUGAGGAGUCUAAACGUUCAUUGGAGGAACACAGAUCCUUGCGCCUAAAGGUAUUAUUCCUUUCAUGUGCAUUUAAUCGUCCAUGCUAA